AUAUACAGAGGUAGUGGCACUUUCUGCUGCAAGCUUAAUGCACUAAUCCGAAGAAAGGAGUGCAAAUGAGUUCGUAGUUGUACCAAUACUCCCUACUUUCCCUGCUCCACAAUAAAAUAAUCACCGCCACUCCCCUCCGUGGCGCUACCCAAUUCCGAAGCCGGACAUGGCCAAGGGUCGCAAGCUAACCACCAGCCGUAGCGAUCGCUUCCUCGAAACCUACCCCCAGGCCCAAUCAUCCGCCGGAGAUCCAUCGGAGCUCCGGGAAGAGGACAUCUGGUCCACGGCGGACGAUACCGAUGCCACCACCGCAGCUUACGCCGAUUGGGAGACAAUUGCCGCUGCGGAGUCAAACGGUGGCGGUGGCGCCACGUACCGUCGCCGGAUUCCCCGCGAUGGUCACCGACAAUCCGGUGGAUUGUCGCUGGCGUUUGAGGAUCCGGCUUGCAAUGCUGCGGCGACGCCAAGAGUCGUACACCAGUUCCGCCCUCGCGACGGCGGUACCGCUGCGGCUUCGCCGAGGGGGCGCCACGUGGCGCAGUCGGCGCCGGUGAACGUGCCGGAUUGGAGCAAGAUACUCCGAGUGGACUCCGCCGAGUCGCUGCACGGCGGUGGCGAGGAUGACGAUUUUGACGACGGCGCGUCAGAGAUGGUUCCGCCGCACGAGUACUUGGCACGAAGCCGGAAGGCGGCGGCGAACUCGGUUUUCGAGGGAGUCGGGCGAACCUUGAAGGGCCGGGACAUGAGCCGGGUACGUGAUGCCGUUUGGAGCCAGACCGGGUUCGAUGGAUGAAAUCCGGUUGGUUGGGGUAAGCGAUUAGAACCGGUUUGUAAUUGAGUUGGAUAUUGUUAAUUAUUGUUUAGAUUAAAGGAGAUGGUGGUGGUUAGUUCUGGAAAUUGCAAAAUAGAUUUAGUUUUUUUUUUUGAGUAAUAUUACUUUAAUAGCAAUAAUUUGUUAGACAAUUUUAAAUUGAGUAAUAAAAGGGUGGAUCCUGUACAUUUUGUGUGGCAAGGUAUAUUUUCUCUCAAUCCACUAUUUUGUUACUCAUCUUAAAGUUGUUUGAUAAUUUUAAGUUGUUAAAAUAAUAUUAUUCUGUUUUAUUUUUAUUUCCUUCGGUUUUGGGGUUGGUUUCAAGUUUACUUGAACGAAUGGCUUUUGUGGGCAAUGAUUCGGUUUGGGUGGACUCACAUGAAAAAGAGAGUUCAACUCAGUGGCGAGUGAGCCUAAGCAUUUUAAUUAAGCAUGUAUUUGGAAUCUUUGAAUUUUUCUGAAUUAUGGUUAUUAAGAUCAUCAUAAGCUAUAGUCUUAAGAACCUGAUUGCAUUUUGUUUUAUCAUCUGUAAUAUUGUAACUAUUCAAAUCUGUUAUUAUUAGACCAUAAUAAUACCAUAUUUUUCAUCUUA